AUGUCUCUUCAAAAGUUGCCCAUCGAUAAGGUCGAUUUGAAGGAUAAACGAGUUCUAAUUCGCGUAGACUUCAACGUUCCCAUUAAAGAUGGAAAGGUUAGCAGCACUCAACGAAUUGUUGCUGCCGUGCCGACGAUCAAGGUAGGAUACGAUUCUCUGCUUAAAAAAGAUGGGGUCUUAUUACGAAAUGAUAUUUAUCAUGUCUGAUUCCUUGUGUUUCAGUAUGCCCUAUCGAAUGGAGCCAAGUCUGUAGUCCUUAUGAGUCACCUGGGCCGUCCAGAUGGGCGAAGACAAGAGAAAUACAGCAUGGGUCCAGUCGUUGGAGAGCUGGAGAAGCUGUUAGAAAAGUGAUUAAUUCGUUAUUUGUAACAUAUAACAUCUCUGGUUUUUAGAAAGGUCAUCUUCCUGAAGGAUUGCGUGGGAGAAGCGAUCGAGAAGGAGACUGCUAAUCCUGAAGCUGGUUCUGUUAUUCUUCUUGAGAAUUUGAGAUUCCAUUUGGAAGAAGAGGGAAAGGGAGUUAACGAGGCUGGAGAAAAGGUGAGAAGACGAUCGAUUAUUAUUUCGUUGUUACUUAGGUUAAAGCAAAGCCUGAAGCUAUUGAGGCGUUCAGAAAGUCCCUUUCUAAGCACGGUGAUGUCUACGUCAACGAUGCGUUCGGAACUGCUCAUCGAGCUCACAGGUAAUGGUCGUUUCGUGUUUUACUGGUCGGAUGGUAUGAUGUUGACCGUUUCCCUGAUUUAGUUCAAUGGUUGGAGUCGACCUUCCGCAAAAGGCUUCAGGAUUUUUGCUGAAGAAGGAACUCGAGUAUUUCGCCAAGGCCCUGGAGUCUCCUGAACGUCCAUUCUUGGCUAUCCUUGGAGGAGCGAAGAUUGCCGACAAGAUCCCGUUGAUUCAAAACUUGUUAGAGAAGGUGAACGAGCUCAUUAUUGGAGGUGGCAUGGCCUUUACCUUCCUAAAGGUUCUUGAUGGAAUGACAAUUGGAAACUCGCUUUAUGACGAGGAAGGUUCGAAGAUUGUCAAAGAUCUUGUCCAGAAGGCCAAAGACCGCAAUGUCCAGAUUCAUUUACCCGUCGACUUUGUAUGCGGCGACUCAUUUUCCGCUGAUACCCCGGUUAGUCAAGCUGAUGUCAAGAGUGGUAUUCCUGACGGGAAGAUGGGACUUGAUAUCGGUCCAGAGACCGCCAAGAAGUUCCAGGAAGUUGUAAGAAGAGCGAGAACUAUCGUUUGGAAUGGACCAUCCGGAGUAUUCGAAUUUGAGAACUUCUCCAAGGGAACCAGAGCUCUCCUUGACGCCGUGAUCGAUGCUACUCAACAGGGGGCUACUACUAUUAUUGGCGGAGGAGAUACCGCCACUGCAGUUGCCAAGUGGGGAGCCGAAGACAAGGUUAGCCACGUUUCUACCGGUGGAGGAGCUAGUCUCGAACUAUUGGAGGGCAAAGUGCUUCCCGGUGUACAAGCCCUUUCCAACGCCUAA